CUCAUUGAACCAUUCUCUUUUUGCUUCAGUCAGUUUCAGAGAGCUUGAGAGUUUGUGAAAAGGAAGACAUGGAAAGCUUCAUGCGCUUCCUACUUCUUUUCCUAUGUUCUUCUCUGGCAUUGCCACUAGCCUUUUCUUCUGGUCAAGGAAGAAAGUUGUCUGCCCUUGUUCCCUCGGCCCCCCUUGUGCUGCAAUAUCACAAGGGGCCUCUUCUCACAGGCCCCGCUUCCAUCAACGUCUAUAUUCUCUGGUAUGGCAAAUUCUCCCCCUCCCAGAAAGCCACCAUUACCGACUUCAUCUCGUCGUUGGGAGCAACCAAAGCCAUUCCAAACCGGCAGCAGUCGGUAAGCAGUUGGUGGGCAACCACGCAACGCUACACCGAUUCCACCCGAAAAGGCGUCUCCGGGGCUGUAAAGAUUGGAGGACAGGCCUCUGAUGAUUUGUAUUCCCUUGGCAAGAAUCUCAAAAGAAGCCAAAUGGCUGAUCUGGUGAAGGGGGCGUUGGCUAAACGUUUGUUUCCCACGGACAGCAGGGGAGUUUAUCUCGUUCUCACAGCAGACGAUGUUUAUGUGGAGAGAUUCUGCAUGAACUCAUGCGGUUUUCACGAUUCCAUUCCUCUUUCCAAGAGAAGUACGAUUUUGUUCGGGUGGGUUGGGAACUCGGGAGUUCAGUGCCCGGGACAAUGCGCGUGGCCAUUUGCGGCGCCUCUGUACGGCCCUACCACGCCGCCUCUUAUUCCACCAAACGGAGAUGUGGGUGUGGAUGGAAUGAUUAUAAAUAUUGCGGCGGUUGUGGCGGGAACAGCUACAAAUCCGUUCAACAGUGGGUAUUACCAAGGGAGCGCAUUGGCCCCACAGGAGGCAGUGACGGCGUGCAGUGGAAUAUUUGGAAAGGGAGCGUACCCGGGCUAUGCGGGGGAUUUGCUGGUGGACAAGAGAAGUAAAGCGAGCUACAACGCUUAUGGAAUCAACAAUCGGGAGUUUCUUGUGCCCGCAAUGUGGAAUCCCUCUACUCUUCAAUGUAAAACUUCUCUCUCGUAAAUUUUUCUUGUCGAUACCCGGGUGCCUAUAUUCCAUUAUUUCUUAGUCGCUGCUGAUAAAACCUUCUAAGAAUUGUUUGUGCUGAAGGUCUGUUCAAUAUUUGUAUGUUCCCAUGUGUAUUUAAGCGCUCGUUCGAGCUUGCAUAAUAAUGCCUGCAUAUUGUCAAUUUAAAGAGAUUUUAUUUGUCUUUGUU